CAACAACAACAACAACAGCAACAACAACAACAACAACAACAACGACAACGACAACGACAACAACAACAACAACAACAACAACAACGACAACGACAACGACAAGGACAACGACAACAACAACAACAACAACAACAACAACAACAACAACAACAACAACAACAACAACAACAACAACAACAACAACAACAACAACAACAACAACAACAACAACAACAACAACAACAACAACAACAACAACAACAACAAAAUGUUUAA